AAUGGGAAAGAAGAGAAAUACAAAUAAAGUUACUUUGGCUGUGCCGUUAAGUGUAGCGGCGAUUGGAGGAGGGAAAGGUGGUGGAUCGAUUGGAGGUCCUGAUCCGAGUGAUACGAGUGAUUUGGAAUCUGUUUAUUCUGCGUCGGUGGUUGGUGAAGGUGCUGAUUCAGAUAACGAAAACGACUUUGCCAGUCUUGUUGACUCUUUUGGCGAUUUGGUAGAAAAUGCACAAGACAAAAGAAUAGAAACACGCCUUCGAGCAAUUGACAGUCUUUUACUUGUCUUAAACAAAAAUUGUAUUCCUGAAAGUGUCGAAAAAUGGCGUGGAACACUUGCAGAAAUUAUUCUUGUUAAUUUAAAAAGAACUUCUGAGGAAGCUACGCGUGUAUGUUCGUUGGCUGCUUUGUUGAGUUUACAAUUGGGUGUGGGAAUUGAAGAGGAUAUUUGCGAGAUUGUUAAUUUGAUGCGUCAAAUUUGUUCGGAUGUGAGUGCUUCUGAAGUUGUUCGUUCUUCUUGUGCUCAGGCGAUUGGACUUUGUGUUUAUUUGAGUGUUGAGAGUCACAACGAUCGUUUGGAAUCAAUGCAAACACUUAAAAGUAUCUGGUCAGCAAUGAAACCUGCGGGUGUUGGUGGUACUUCUCUUUUUUCUUCUGCUUUAGCUUCUUGGUCUUUACUUUUAGAACGGGUUUUUUUAUUAAAAAAAUUAUUUCCAAAAAAUUUGUUUAAAGUUUGA